AGGGUUUACUAGGCCUUUCUAGAUUUUGAGUUGAGCGCUCGACGACGAGGCAGAGGCAUGGUGGCGGAGCCGCUGGUGCACAAGGUGCUCUCCAUGGAGACGUCGUCCUCCUCCAAGACGGUGCGGCCCGGCGGCGAGCGCCAAGGGCGGCGCCGAGGCGGCGGCCGCUGGCGACGGCAGGGUGGGCAUCCUGUCCUUCGAGGUAGUUGAUAGUACGUAGCAGCAGUAGCAGGUAGUUGAUUAGACUUCACUAAUUGCAAUCAGAUGCAUCAUUUAACAUAGCAGGAAUUAUAAAAGAUAAUUUUGUUCUUGUAAUAUCUAUGUAACAUACUCAAUUGGUUGCCUGGAAGCUGGACUUGCACUGUGUCCCUUUGAUGUUUUGCUCUCCUCUACACUUUUUUUUCUUGAAUCGUUUAUAGGGUUGAUUAUUAUUAGGUCAAAGUCAACAGAUGGAAAAUGUGGAGCAUGAUUGCAAGAGUUGAUAGAUAGUCAGUGUCUUGUCAAUAUCCUUCUCAAGUGGAAGACCUGGAUGCCAAUCAGUGCAUUGAGCUUAGUACGCCAUGUUGACCGACGACUAGAAAAUUUGCUUCAUAGUCCUAUCAUGGAACUUUCAAAACUGGUAGCUCUGAAUGUUCAUGAUGUUGGAGAUAUCUGCACGAACAAUUUUCCCCCAUGGCACUCCCCACCACACAAUCCCUUCCCACCCCCAAGACAGUGAUUGCAGGAAAUAUUUCACUUGUUUGGGAGAAUUCAGAGAGCCUAGUUUGAUAAUCGGAGUUAAGCAGAUAGCCAUGUUUGGGAAAAUAAGCUUCUGGAGGAAUUGCAUGCUUGUUGAUUUGCUGAUUCUGUCUGUAUUAGCAACAAGAUGUUUGUCAGAUCUGACAGCAAGAACAGACAUCAUCUUUCAGAAUCAGUCAAUUUCAGAUGGGCAGACCCUAGUGUCCAUGGGAAAAGAAUUUGUGCUUGGUUUCUUCAGCCCUGGAGCUUCGAGCAACCGGUAUGUUGGUAUAUGGCACAACGAUGUUUCAGAAAGAAGAGCUGUCUGGGUUGCUAAUAGGAAUAAUCCAUUCCAAGAUACUUUUGGCAUACUUAAGUUUGAUAACAAUAGUAAUCUGAUUGUUUUAGAUGGGAGGGGCAACUCAUUCACAGUGGCUUAUGGGAGAGGAGUGCAAGAUGUGGAGGCUGCAAUACUGGAUAACGGCAAUUUUGUCCUAAGGAGCAUCAGGAAUCAAGCUAAGAUCAUAUGGCAGAGCUUUGACUUUCCUACAGAUACAUGGCUCCCUGAAAUGAACAUUAUACUUGGCAGUAAACUGACAUCAUGGAAGAGCUAUGAUGACCCAGCAGUGGGGGAUUAUUCUUUUGGACUUGACGUAACUAAUGCGCUUCAACUCAUUAUCUUGUGGAAAGGUAAUAAUUAUUGGACCUUUGGACCCUGGAACGCUACAUUGAAAUCUCUGAUUCCAGAGCUAAAAUAUAUUCCUGUCACCCCUGUUUCAUUUCAAUGUGGCAAUCUUACAUGCACAUACACUUCCAAUCCCAGCGACACAAUGGCAAAGAUUGUGUUGGAUCCGAAUGGUUCAUUGAACAUUGCCCAAUUUAGUCCUGGAACUGAGUCAUGGACUCUCUUAUGGCGACAGCCUGCUAGCUGCGAGGUGUCUAACUUAUGUGGUGGUUUUGGUAUAUGCAACAACAAUAUGUUAACCAACGACCCUAUGUCAUCCCUCUGUCGUUGUCCAAAAGGCUUUGCACAACAAGACAUAAUAACAGGAAAUACCUGGAAAGGGUGCACGAGGCAAAUCCAACUGCAGUGUAAUGGGGAUAGGUUUAUGAAUAUGUCUAGUAUGCGACUCCCUGACUCCAGAGUUAAACUUUCUACUAUGGGAGAAAACAAAUGCCAAUUGGAAUGCAUGACAAAUUGCUCCUGUACUGCAUACACUUAUUCUGUAUUGGAUGGUUGCAGCCUAUGGUAUGGCAAUCUAACAAAUAUGCAGGACGGGUAUAACGGGAGUGGAGUAGGAACUCUAUAUCUUCGUGUUGCUGCAUCAGAGUUAGAAUCAUCCAAUAGUUCAGGUCAUAAAUUACUUUGGAUGGCUGGUGUACUUCCUUCAGUUGGAUUUCUUAUUUUUUGUCUAAUUUUGUUUAUUUGGAUCAGGAGAUCAAAAAAUAAAGGGAAAGGAAAACAGGAUGGUCAUCACUCUGUAAUGACUUCGGAUGCUAUCAAACUCUGGGAGGGUGAGGAGACAAGCUCUUAUUUUGCAACGUUUUCCUUUUCACAAAUAAGAAAUGCUACAGACAAAUUUUCAACAGAAAACAUGCUUGGAGAAGGGGGGUUUGGCCCUGUGUACAAGGGCCACUUACCAGAUGGGCGGGAGAUUGCUGUUAAGAGACUAGCAGCAAAUUCAGGGCAAGGGUUACCGGAGUUUAAGAAUGAAGUCCUGCUUAUUGCUAGGCUUCAGCACACAAAUUUGGUCCGGCUGUUAGGUUGUUGCAUUGAAGAGGAAGAGAUGUUAUUAGUGUAUGAGUAUAUGCCGAACAAAAGCUUGGAUUUCUUCUUAUUUGAAAAAUCAAGAAGAGCUUUGCUAGACUGGGAAAUGCGGAUGAACAUAAUUGAAGGGGUUGCACAGGGUCUUAUCUAUCUCCACAAGCAUUCUCGGCUUAGAAUUAUUCAUAGGGACCUGAAAGCAAGCAACAUUUUGUUGGACACUGAUAUGAACCCUAAGAUCUCAGACUUUGGGAUGGCGAGAAUAUUUGAUCCCAAAGGAACACAAGCUAAUACGAAACGAGUUGUCGGAACAUAUGGCUACAUGGCUCCUGAGUAUGCUAUGGCAGGUAAUUUCUCCACUAAGUCCGAUGUAUUUAGCUAUGGAGUCUUGCUUCUGGAGAUUAUCAGUGGAAUGAAAAAUGCUGGAUCUCGAAGACAUGGCAAUUCUGUUAGCCUCCUUGGUUACGCGUGGGAACUAUGGAACGAAGGCAGAUGCCAUGAGCUCAUUGAUAAACCGUUACAUGGUAGAUGUCCUGAGAAUGUAGCGCUAAGAUGCAUUCAUGUCAGCUUGUUGUGUGUUCAGGAGCAAGCUGCGGAUCGGCCCUCCAUGACUGAAGUCAUUUCAAUGAUUACCAAUGGAAGUGCCAUCUUACCAGACCCAAAGCAACCUGGUUUCCUCUCCAUGUUGGUCCCCAAUGAAACUGAUAUCGCUGAAGAAACAUGCUCCCUGAAUGGUCUUUCAGUUACCAUCCUUGACGGAAGAUAGUAAUAAUUCAAAUCUCUGCUGUUCUUUGCUUGAUCAAUGCAUACGUUACCAUUGCAUGAAUUUGCUUGGUAUUUCCCAAUCCCAAGUAAUAUAGCGGGAACUUGAAAUUCA